CCACAGCUGAAAAAAUGUUUGUCAUCAGUAAAUUGAUCACGAGACAAUUUCGAUUGCCUAUUCAUCACUUUCUCAAGAAUCGUACUAGAUAUAAUUCUGUAUUAAGUAUUAAUUUUAAAACUGCACACUAUUCCACACAAUUUAAAGUGCCUUGGGAAUAUACAACUUUAAAAAGAAAAUUACAUUUAGUGAAAAGAGAAUUAGACGCAAUGGCUCUGAGUCCACUCGAUCCUUCAUCAUACUCAAGACCAGAAUUAGCUGUUGUUAAACAUGUAGACCUGAAAUUAAAUGUGGACUUUGAAAAUAAACAACUUACUGGAGAAGCCCUACUAACUGUUCAUGUCUUAGAUUCUAUUCAAGAACUGAUAUUAGACUCAAGUAAUCUAACAAUAGAAUCAAUUGAGAGUGAGGACGGCAAGACCUUGAACUUUACAUUGGAUGAUCCGGUGCCUAAUUAUGGAUCGAAGUUGACGAUUCCACUGCCGGAACCUGCUACAGCGGACCAAAACCUUAAAAUAAGAAUAAAAUACAAGACAUCACCAUCAGCGACCGCCCUGCAAUGGUUGGAACCGAAACAAACCUCGGGCAAGAAGUACCCAUACAUGUUCAGCCAAUGUCAGCCAAUCCACGCACGGUCAAUACUCCCAUGCCAAGAUUCGCCAGCUGUCAAAUUCACGUACAACGCAGAGGUCACUGCCCCCGAACCAUUUACGGUGCUUAUGAGCGCGAUUAAAGGGAAUUCGAGUGAAAAGGCGACUUUUAGACAACCGGUCCCUAUUCCGUCGUAUUUGCUCGCUAUUGCUGUGGCGGUAUUGGAGUCUAGGGAGCUUGGACCUAGAUCUCACGUUUGGUCCGAAAAGGAGGAGAUCGAUAGAAGUGCCUGGGAAUUUGCGGACACCGAGAAGUACUUGCAAGCGGCUGAAAGACUGUGUGGUCCCUAUCAAUGGACACAGUACGAUUUACUCGUAUUACCUCCUUCCUUCCCCUAUGGGGGCAUGGAGAACCCCUGUUUGACAUUUGUGACCCCCACUUUACUCGCGGGUGACAGAAGCCAAGCAGACGUCAUUGUCCAUGAAAUAAUGCAUAGUUGGACGGGAAAUCUGGUGACGAACAGAAACUUCGAACAUUUCUGGUUAAAUGAAGGUUUCACUGUGUUCCUUGAGAGAAAAGUCGGAGCCUCCCUGAUAGCGGACAAAGAGGAAGCCCAUCGAAGCAGGGACUUUAGCAGUCUUUUAGGCCUCCAAGAGCUUACAGAAACUGUGAAAUUUGAGUUGGGCGAGAGAAAUCCACUGACCAGUUUAGUGGUCGAUUUGGCCGGGGUUCACCCGGAUGACGCGUUUUCGACUGUGCCCUAUGAGAAAGGCUCGCUGUUUCUUAGGUAUCUCGAGGAUUUGCUCGGUGGAUCAGAGGUAUUUGAUGAUUUCCUCCGUUCGUACCUGGACAAAUUCCAGCGACAAUCCAUCGACACGGACCAGUUUAAAGCCUACUUAUUGGACUAUUUCAAAGACAAUGAAGCCCUGAAAGGUGUCGACUGGUCAACAUGGCUGCACAAAUCUGGAAUGCCGCCAGUUAUUCCCGCGUAUGACACAUCAAUGACUAAAGCCGUUACAGUACUUCUAGCCAAAGUGAACGAUACCAGCAGUAAUUUGGAGUACAGCGAUGUCCUUGCAUUUACUCCCCAACAGAUGAUUAAUUUCCUCCAAGCCCUCAUUGAUCAAGACCCACUUCCCCUAGACAGACUCAGGAAUAUGGGAAAAAUGUACAAAAUUGACACAAGCAAAAAUUCUGAAAUUGUCUACCGUUGGCUGAGAUUGUGUAUAAGAAGCAGAGAUGAAAGCAAACUGAGUGAAGCCCUGCAAUUUGUUAAUAAUCAAGGCCGCAUGAAAUAUGUCAGACCUAUCUACAGAGAUUUAUAUAAUUGGGAAGCAGUAAGAGAGAGAGCCGUUGAAAAUUUCCUCAAAAACGAGCCAAAUAUGAUGCAUGUAUCGGCUUAUACUUUAAGAAAAGACUUGCAUCUCAAGGAGUAGAUUUUGUACCAGCAUACUGUAAAUAUUUGUGGAAUCUGUUUUCUAUUAUACAAAUGUAUUGUUUUAAAUAAAUGAUUUUAUUAAUCAUAUUUUACAUUC